AUGCCUUGUCGACUGGGAAUGGGAAAGUUCGCCACUGACUCAGGGGAAGAGCCAAGCCCGAUUGGUCAACACGGAUAUCGUUACGGCGACGUUUACGACUGGUGUACCUUUCAGUGUAUGGUUUUCUUUUUAGAAUUAAUCAUGAACUAGUAAAGUUCAGUCUGCUGACCGAUUGUUCCGUCUUCUGAAGUGCCCAUUUCCAUCGAAAAGUGCUUUCAUGAAAGCCGAAUCGCAAUACGUUUUUCCUGUUGUCGACGAAAUAUACGAUGAGAUUCAGAAGAAAGUAACUGACAUUGUGUUUGAAGAAGGAGAAAAGGUUUCAAAUUGGAUACAAUUAUUUGAAUUGUAUCUGUUUUGAAGAAUGGUGGAAUCAACAUCGCUUCCGACGCAAUGUACGAUAGUCGCGGGCACAGUGCUGAUUACUGCAGAACCGCUGUGCUCGACUUGAAGAACAAUUUUGUUCUCGAACAGGAAGUGUGCCGAAAAAGCCGGACUGGUGGGCAUUUUUGUUCAUUUUACGAAGAGCAGUGACAUUUUUUGAAGUCUAACUCAUAGAAAUCUAUGAACUUAUAACAGGCAGCUCAAAAGCGAUGGAACCGAAGGGAAUCGUCGCGUGUAUGGAAAGAAUUCGUGAUUCGAUGAAAUUGAGCCAUCCGAAGAUGUGUAUUUUGUCGGUCACGACCGACAGGGCACCUUCUGUACAGAAGGCUCUGCAGCAAAACUUCCCCCACACAAAGAAGUUUUACGAUCAGUGGCAUUAUAUCCGCAACAUCAGCAAAGAUAUUUGGAAGGUGGAUCUUCUAAGAAAGGGUUCAGUUAGACAAAAUUGCCAUUCAGAAAAAAGAUCAGAAGCAGAUGGCACCUGUGCUCCCGUGGAUCAGACCACUCGUCAAUCACUUAUACUUUUCCAUUUCGAAACACUGUGGAGACGGGAGACUGGUGCAAGAAACAUUUAUGUCGUUUUUUUGUCAUAUUUUGGACAUUCACACUGGAUUCGAAGUAGCGUGUUUUUUUUAUGAGAUUGAGUAGGGGGAGGAGGGUGGGGCUUUCUCUGUGGCUUUUACCGCUUAAUUCUCGCGAUGCCGCCUGAAGAGCACUGAUUCGUCUUCCGAUUGUUCUUAAUGAAAUCGUAUUCAUCACGACCCGAGUUGAAAGGAAUAGCUUUCUCGAGCUUUUUCUGCGCGGCAGGCGGAAUGAAGUUUUUUGGGGGGAAUGCGGAAAGAGGAAGGCGUAAUUCCCCUCAGAAUGCUUCAGCAUUCUUCCGGUGGCAUCAUAAAAUAUCAGCGGUAAAGCCCAGAGGCGGCGGCGCCGCCAAGACCCAAGAAGAUCACGGGUUCGCGUGAAUUUUAACACUGUUUGUUUGCACGCAACACUGCGAACACAACCUUACCUAGGUCUGAUAAAAUUCAACUUACAUUAAAUAAUUUAGAACAUCCAAUGGUUCAAGUUUACAAUUGUGUUGGCAUGUGAGCAUGGCGACUUACCCCAGCACUCUUGGCUGAGGCUCGAUAAUAAGAAAGAUGAAAAAGCGUGGAAAAUUCUCAAAGAAAUUAGUACUAGAGGGAGGCGGUUUGAAGACCUUUACACCGUUUCGCCGUACUUCGCAACAAGUCAGACUGAGAGCUUCAACUCGAUUACUUGCCUUUACAACCCCAAAGAUCAUUUUUUGUGAGGAAUAAAACACCGUUUUCCGAACAAAGUAUGAACUUUCAGCCCACAAAACAGUUUCGAAACUCGAGCGAAACUCGCAGGAAUUCAUUGGAACUGCGGGAAGCUCGAGAUUCGCGAAGGAAAGAGACCGAUUGUUGGAUUCAAAACGAUCUGGUGCAAGAGUAAAAAGGAGGAAGUGAAGAGAAAGACGCGAAAACAACCUAGUAAUGACUGGAGAACAGAAAUUAUGAGAAGAGUCCGCGGUGUUUCAUUGGUUGAAUGGAACAACCAAAAUAUAGAAACUGAAGAAGCCGCUGACCUUUCUGAUGAGGGCGAAGAAAGCGACGAAGAACUCACGGUUACGUGA